CUAUAAGUUCGCCCCCCAAAUCCAAUCCAAUUCGUCUUACGUUCCUGAUCUAAUUCUCCCUCUCUGAUCACUUCAUUCAUCAACAAUGCCCGCCGCCGAAGUUGCAGAACCCAUAUCCACGGCGGCGAUGAAACUCAGGACCCUCAGCAAAACCCACGUCCGGCCCCGGAAACCUGUCGGACGGCGAGAGUGCCAGCUCAUCACCUUCGAUCUCCCCUACGUCGCCUUCUUCUAUAACCAGAAGCUGCUGCUCUACAAGGCAGCCUCCGCCACCGGCGACGCGGGCUUCGACGACGCCGUCCGACGGCUGACGGAAGGGCUGGAGAUCGCUCUGGAGGAGUUUCACCAGUUGGCGGGGAAGCUGGGGAAGGACGAGGAUGGGGUUUUCAAGGUGGAGUACGACGACGAGAUGGCCGGUGUGGAGGUGCUGGCGGCGGCGGCGGACGACGUCGAAGUUGCGGAUCUGGUGGUGGAGGAGGGGGGUAGCAAGCUGAAGGAGCUGGUUCCGUACAACGGAAUCUUGAACGUCGAGGGGCUCCACCGGCCGCUGCUCGCCGUUCAGAUCACGCGGCUGAGAGACGGCAUAGUGUUGGGAUGCGCAUUUAACCACGCGGUUCUCGACGGCUCUUCCACGUGGCACUUCAUGAGCUCAUGGGCCGAGAUCUGUCGCGGGGCCCAAUCGAUCUCCGUCCCUCCCUUCCUCGACCGCACAAAAGCCCGCAACACCCGCGUCCAGCUGAACCUCUCCCCGCCGGGGGACUCCACGUCAUCCAACGGCUCCGACGCGGACCCACCCCUCCGCGAGAAGAUCUUCAAGUUCUCCGAGUCAGCCGUCGACAAGAUCAAGACUCUUCUCAACGCCAACCCAUCCGACGGCGCAAAGCCCUUCUCCACGUUCCAAUCCCUAUCCACGCACUUGUGGCUCGCCGUCACACGCGCCCGCCGGCUCAAGCCGGAGGACGUCACGGUCUUCACCGUCUUCGCCGAUUGCCGGAAACGGGUCGACCCGCCGAUGCCGGAGGCCUACUUCGGCAACCUCAUUCAAGCCAUAUUCACCGGCACCGCCGCCGGGCUGCUGGCGGCGAACCCCCCAGAGUUCAGCGCCGGGCUGAUCCAGAAGGCAAUCGAGGCGCACGACGCCAAGGCGAUCGACGCGCGGAACACCGAGUGGGAGAGCAACCCAAAGAUUUUCCAGUUCAAGGACGCCGGCGUGAACUGCGUGGCGGUGGGGAGUUCGCCGCGGUUCAAGGUGUACGAGGUGGACUUCGGGUGGGGGGGGCCGGAGAGUGUUCGAAGCGGUGGGAACAACCGGUUUGACGGGAUGGUUUAUCUUUACCAAGGGAAGAGCGGCGGCCGGAGCAUUGACGUGGAGAUCAGCUUGGAGGCGGAGGCGAUGGGGAGGUUGGAGAAGGACAAGGAGUUUCUCAUGGAUGGUUAGGAAUGUUGCUUGGAACUGGUUUUGUGGUUUAAGCUGUAAACAUAUAUUUCCUUAGGUUGGCUCUGGCUCUGGGCUUCUUGGAUUUCAUGUUUUUUGUUUUGUUUGUUGUUUAAGAUGGACUAUUAAUGGUUUGGCCGUUUGGGUUUAACCUUUGACCUUCCUGUGCUGCAAAUGAAAUUUGGAUAUAAGAAAAUAAAUCUGGUUAAAUUUA